AUGGGCGUCGCUCUUUCUCUGGAGGAUACUCAUACUGAAACCUCUAGAUUGUCCCGAACAUCUGGCAAAGAGAAGGAGCAGCAUGUGUCUAUGGCGCGAACACUGACGACCGAGCUGGGCGCUGCCGCUGAGGACGCCAACAACACUGAGGAGGUCCAUUUCACCGACCCCAAAAACAACAGCUCGUUGUCUAAUGAUGCGGGAAGCUAUCUAGCUACCGUUGAGGCAGCAGAAAGCUUACAGAAAGCGGCCGUUGCGCCUGCAGUUGCUGGUUCUCUUUUGGUGUCCAGCGCUUGCGCAGCGCCUGCCUCGGACACACCCGAAAAGCAGGGAACAAUGGAACAGGGCGGCAGCGACCGCAGUGGUAGCGGUAGCGCUGGCACAACACUCGACGACGCAACAGACGACUCGGACGCACGCAAACGUGCGGAAAGCAGAACUGAAGUGCGAAUGUCGCUUGGUAGACGACUUCGACGACCGCCACCGCUUCAGGUCACUGUUGCAGCUACCGAAGAGAACGCCGAACCAACAAAGUCAAGGCUAGUCUUGUUGACGAACGCCGAAAAUAACUCUGUACACUCCGGAACGACCAAUAGCACGUAUUCACAGCAAUCGGGUACCCUGGAAGUAGCGCCCCUGAGCGUCUCGACAAGCGCUACCUCGCGCGUCAUGCGCGCCGAGCACGCUAUGGGUACCGCGCAUAGCUCAUCCAUUGAACCACAAUCAUCUUCGAGUGCUAGCAGUGGGCAGCAACUUUCUGUGAACGGAUUCGCCUCGGUGCCUUUUUCCGAAUCCAGGCCGGCCACCAUUGUAGGUGCUGCAGGCCUCGGGGACGGCAGUUUCGAGCAUGGCGCCUAUGCCGCUGUGCAUGCCGAUGCGCGAAGUACACACCGCCGACGCGACGUGAGACGCGGAUCCCAUACGGUGCUGCCGCCACCGUUGCCGCCGCUCGUUGUGGAACCCGCCGUGCACCUGUACAUUGAUGCGCUGCCGGCGAUGCCGCCCAAGUCGCCGCUUCCGGGGUCUGCACGGGGCGCGCUCCAACCGGUUGGCCAUGCGUCAGCAACUGGAUCGUGCCAUUCAGCCGGUGUCAUUGGCACCUACAACCUACUGCAUCCAUUCACCAGGCGCGGCAAUUUCCAAAUCCGCCACGGCGAGGUCAUCUACAAGGGUCAUCGCUCUUAUCAUUUGAUGAUGCAGAUCAAAGCUGGAAUACGCUACACGGUGGAGCGACAGAACGCGUUGGCGCCGCGGAACCUCUGCAUGGCUGAUUUUCGGACCAGCAACACGAUCCGCUUUCCGGCAGUGGGCUCAUCAGACACGCCCCCCAUCGAGAAGUGCUUCACUUUCAAAGACUAUGCCCCGAUGGUAUUCCGCCAAUUGAGGCAGCGUUAUGGGAUUAGUCCUACAUCGUAUCUGCGCUCGCUGUGCGGCGAGGAGGCCCUCAGGGAGGCGACCACUGCCGGAAAGAGCGGCUCGCUCUUCUACUACAGCAGCGAUGACCGUUUCAUUCUGAAGACACUGUCCAAGCAGGAAGCCAGUGUCCUGCUCAGCAUUCUUCCCCAGUACUACUUUCACAUGAUGAAGAAUCCGGAAUCUCUCAUCACGCGCUUUUUCGGCCUGCAUCGUGUAACGACCCACCGUCUUGGAUUGCGGCGGCGUCGCAUCCGUAUGGUCGUCAUGAGCAAUUUCCUGCCAACCCGAACACCAAUUCAUUUGCGCUAUGAUCUCAAAGGCAGUACGCAUGGCAGGUUUUCACGGACUCCGGCGUCGCAUGUUCUCUCAAACGACGACGAGCAGCAGACGGCCCCGCAGCAGCGGUUUCGACCAAGCCUUCUCUGCAGAGCGUCCCAGGAGUUGGAUCCAAGACAACCCCGAAAGGACCUAGACCUGUUUCGAGACGGUGUGGGUCCUAUCGCUAUUGACCGACGACUGAGACGCAGAAUGCUCAACCAAAUCGAUAUGGAUUGCCUGUUCCUGGAAAGCGUUCAUAUCAUGGAUUACUCUUUUCUGCUCGGCUUGCAGUACGUGGACACAUCGGCAAACUUGCCGGUUUCAGCAGAAUCAUGGCGCCGUCUGCGCGAACGGGACGCCCGACAUGCAAACAGUUGGGUCGGUUUGCUGGAGAACGGGGAGGAGGCGCGGCUCUUUUUCGGUAUUAUCGACGUCCUCGAUCGAUAUAAUGCAGAAAAGAAACUCGAACAUUUCGGGAAAGCGCACCUACUCUGUCUUCACGAUAGCAUUAGUGUUAUCGAACCGAGCUCGUAUGCGCGGCGAUUUCGCCGCUUUCUCGAAAAAGUAUUCGUGCCAGUGCCGCGUUCACCAUACGCGGCCGUGCAGGAUGACGCGAGCACGGGGCUGCGAUAG